AUGACAUCAAGUAGCAAGCAAUUUCAAUUCAAUAAAGUUUCUACAACUGAUGGAAACAUCAACAAUCUUGACGUUGACAAACAAGAUAUUGGUGAAGUUUAUGAAACAUUUAAAGAUUGUAGUUAUGAAAAGGAUUAUUAUUUAAUUAGUUAUGCAAUUUUGAAUAAUUUCGAUAAUCAUAUUAUGCAUGAAGCAGUCAAACGAGGAAAUUUAUCACUUAUUCGCAAUUUUGUUAAUUGUGGUGCAGGUCCAAAUCCAAGAAAUUAUAGAAAUCAGACACCACUUCAAAGAGCAUUUGAAAGGAAUGAAGAUAUUAUAAUCAAAUAUUUUCUGACUGCCCCUAAAAUCGAUAGAAAUUCAUGA